CCUCUACACUUCCGGUAAAAUGUAAAAUGUUGUAAACAUUGAAGCCGAAUAAAUAUUUUGGAAUGUCUGGUUUGACGAGUGGGUUUAUUGUCGAAUUUCUAGAUGAGGGUUAAACUCAGAGUUUUCUGAAAUCUAGACUUCAGGUAUUUAUAAGAUGGAUAAAGCAUCCCGCCAUGAGCUCCUCAGGAUAGUUGAGGGACAACAAGAGAAGUUGGCGAAAUAUGAGGCUAAACUAAAAGAUCUGGUUGUGGCUUACAAGGGUCUGGCAAAAGAAAAAGAAGCACUAGAUGCCAGCUUUAAGGUUCUGUCUCAAAAGAAAAAAGAAAAUGCGACAUCACAAUCUGAACAAAAUCAUAAGAAUGAAGAUGAAAACGUGUCAAGCGAGAAGCAGAACCAGUUUACAGAUCCACUUCAAUCAGCCAGCAAGGAGAGUGACACAGAGGAAAAGUCAGACACAGAUUCCAGGGAGUCGGACCAAAUUAAAACCCUCUCAGAAUCACUGUUUACACUGACUCAGGAAAAGUCGAAGUUGGAGGGUGUAUACCUCGCAGACAAAAAACGAUUACUGCAAGAGAAUGAGGAUCUUGUAAAGAAGAUCAAUGAAGAAAAAGAGAAAGCCAACACUGAAUUCAAGCGACUGGAAACCCAAAUACAUGAGCUGAAGAUGCGUAUUCGUGAGCAACAAGCAGAAAGGGAAAAAGAACAAAAUGAUCAUGCACUCAUGUUACGGGAACUUCAAAAGCUCCUGGCUCAAGAGCGGGCAUCAAAAGACCAACUAGAAAACCAGGUGGAUGAUCUCAAGUUUGCACUGUCAGAGAAAAAUCAGUUAUUACCAAGUAUGUCUCAAUCUUAUGAGAAAAAAAUAUCGGACUUAACAACACAACUUAAGGAUGUAAAGGAGCAGUUAGGGGUGGAGAGAAAGAAAGCAGAGAGGCCCCCCGAGGGACUGAAACAACUACAGAACGAAAUGUCUACAAUGAAGAAAGAAUACCAGCUACAAUUACUGAAUGAACAGAAGAGGAGCUCAGAGGCUGAUGUAAAACUGGAUAGAUUCCGUCAGGAAAAGGAGAACCGCGUAUCGGAACUGGAAUCCAAAAUCUCAGAAUUGUCAGACAUGGUGGGGAAUUAUGAAAGGUCGAAAGUCCAGGACCAGCAAACAAUACACAAACUCAAGGAGCGCAUGUCACAGCUAGAACUGGAGAACACAGCUCUUACAAAGUCUGUGGGACAGGUUGGAAACUAUGAUGAGGAGUGGAGGAACUUAGAGGCAACACAACUAGGAGAAUUGAUUGUGAAACUUCAGGGAUAUCUUCAUGAUGCAAAUCAGAGAACAGCAACCCCCGUCUUACUUGAGGACUUGCUGCAGGACGAGGAAGGACGGUGUCCAAAAUGUAGCAAGCACUUGGAGGAGCUGGAAAGUGUGAAGGAAGAGUUUGAAAGAUACAAACUCAGAGCUCAGAGUGUGCUCAAAAAUAAAAACUCAAAGGAUUCAGGGACCAGCAAAGAAGUGGAGACAUUGAAAACUCAAGUGAAUGAACUAAGAGAAAGAAUUAAAACAUUGCACAUGCAACAUGAGGCCCAGGUAGAAAAAGAGAAACAGAAAGUAGAGACUGCACACAAAACCUUGGUGUCUGUGCAGGAAAAACAUAAAGCAGACAUCCUCCACCUAGAGGCCGAGUACCAGCAUCAGAAGAGUGAGCUGGAAGUGGAAAUUCGUAAACAGCGUGAGAGAACUGUGUCGCUUCUGGCGGAAAAAGAUCGUGACAUUGAAAUGUUAAAGGCGUCUGUGCCCAUCUAUGAUGAGCGUUUCUUUGUACAGAAUCCCCCCGACUCGGGGGCAUCAGCAGAACUGCCUGGAGGUAAAUCAGAGGAAGAGAGGGCGGUGUCACGACUGCUGAACAUGUCCUCUCUCAGUCAGGGGGACUCCAAUCUGUUCUACAGGCAGGAGGUGUCCCGCAAAGAGGUCGAAAUCAACGCACUGCGGAAACAAAAACAUGAACUGGAAUCUGCCCUGAGAGAACUCCAGUUGAACAGUCAUUCCAAAGAGGAGUCUCUAGCUGAACAAAUGGAGAUGUUGAAGGAAGAAAUCCAAAGAAGUGACAGGUGUAAAGCAAGGGAAGGUGCCAAUCUGGAGUAUCUGAAAAAUGUGACAUAUAAGUUUCUGACUAGUUUUGAUCCGAAGGCCAAACAACAGAUGCUGAAUGCUAUUACCACUAUUCUACAGUUCAGUCCUCAGGAAAAGUCUGUGGUCCACACACAAAUGAAGAGUUGGUGGGCCGGGACAUUAUGAUCAACAAGUCAUAGAAUUGUGGGUACUUGAGGGCAGGGCCCUGUGGCAAUCAGCAAUGGACACGUUUGAACAAUCAGUACCCAUCAGCAGCUAGCUGUGGGUUGGGACUCAGUGGUCAUGGCUGUUGAAUUCCUUUCAUUUUAUCACGGUUCAUGUAUUAUAUUUUGUACCAGUUUUCUGGUUGUUCUAAGAAAUGUGAUUUUACAUUCUAUGGUAAGGUUGGUGUAUUAAAAUUUAAGUGUACAUGGAACAUUACAUAGAUUUCACAUCUGUAUGAACUAUAAUACAAUUCAGAAAUAUGAUUAUAAUUACCUAGUAAUUUGGUAAAUCUGCUGGAAAGUUUUUGACACCAUUGGUUUACAGACUACAUUUUAUUAUUUAAUUACUACAUUACAUUUGUCAAAGUCUGGCAUUUUCAAGGACCAAUCACCAGGCUUCUAUAUUUUAUAAUUCAAUAGAAAUCAUGAACACUGAAUAGUGCAAACCCUUAAUAAUUUAUAUCUUGUCACUUCAUCCCUGUAAUGGGACUAUAAUAGGGUGCUAGGAUGCUUUCUUUCAAAUUAAUUUUCAAAAUUAUAUUGGCUAUACGCCACUCUUCAGUGUUUUAUUGGAAGCUUUUCUGAUCCUUUUAUGUACAUUUGUGUAUAUGUAUGAUAUUCCAUUAUUUAACAUAUGAAUAUUUAAAUGAAAUAAAGAGCAAAUUUUACUCUU